UCUCCUCUUCCCUCUGGGCUUUUGCCCACUUUCACGUGUAGAGUAGGGCCCACUCGUGGUGGGACUUCCACCACCCCCUACACGAAGGAGGAGGAGGAGAAGAUGGCCGCCCUUUUACAGGAGAAAAAGGAGAAGAAGGAGGCCAAGAAGAAGGCCUUGAAGGAGGAGCAGGCGGCCAAAUUAAAAAAGAUGGAAGAAGAGAUGGCCAGGGAGAAAGAGAAGUUGAAAAAGGAAGAAGAAGAGAAGCUGAAGGAGAUGGUUGAAGAAGAGGAAGGUCCGUCACAACAAAAGAGUAGCGGGCAGCCCAGAAGUGGUAAUGGUGGGAACCUGGAGAAGAGAAUAUCCGAGUGGGUUGCUAGCCUGACUGUGGGAGAAGAGGAAGAGGUUAGUAUGUACAUCCCGCAGGAUCAGCAAGAAGCUGCCAUGAGGGCUUGGGAUGCAGAGAAAGACCCCCUUAGACGCCAGGCGUUGGAAGAUGAGAAGAGGAUGGAGUGGAAGUUAGCGGUGAUGAGGGAGAAAAAGAGGAGAGUUGACAAGGCGGCAGAGGCGGCGGAAGCACUAGAGGAAGUGAAAACGAUAGAACAACAAUUAGCCGCCCAACCCGAUUUCCCGAAUCAGAUGCGAGUCAUGGCUCGAAGCAUCGCAUGCCUGGCACGAGUCCAGGCAGAUCAGUAUGACUUCAGUAGGAGUCAAGAUAUAGCUGUGCGCUCGAUACGAUUGGGCUUUAGGGACUUUGCUCGUGAACUGGUAGGCGCCGUUGCGGCUGAGGUGGGUCAUCGCCUCGACAAGACUGAGCGGUUCUGUACUGGCGCCAUUGAAGGCGUCAAGGCGGCAGCCCCCAAGGAAGAGGAACCACGCCCGCCACGUAGAGAGCCGAUCAAGGUCAAUUUCCCAGAUUCCUAUAGUGGGAAGAGGGAAGAGAACUUUGAUAAUUGGGAGGCCAACGUUAAGACCUAUGUGCAUUUGCAGCAGGUUUCCCUAGAUCAGCAAGUCUUGAUUGCGAUCCACGCGCUUAAAGAUGAGGCCGCCAGUUUUGCAAGGUCCUUGGUUCGUGCCGCUAACUGUAGCGACGAUCCCGUUGCCUACUCCUYGUUUACCUCCCUCACCGAAUUCCUGAAACUGCUGCGUGAGCGAUUUGCUGAUGUCGCCCGCAGUGUCAAGGCUUCAGAUAAGCUCCAAACCAUCCACGUGCGUAAAUGGAAGAGUGCUAGAGCACUCAAGGGUACGAUGGAUGAGUUGGUGGCCGUCCCUGACCAUAAGGUCACAGAAGCCCAACUGGUCAAUCUCUUUKACCGGGCCAUGCCCGAAGCCUUGCGAGGGCAUUUCUUCGCAAAGAGCGAAGACCCUGCCACUACGUACGAUUCUCUUAGUCGAGAAGUGGUGGCUUUCGAAGCCAAGUCUGCGUGCGUGUCUACCUUCUGACACAAAGACUUGGACAAAAGGAAACCAUGGAAGGGUCGCACUAUCUCAGGGCAGGUAAAGACCAAGGAUAGCCUUGUCCUGACUUUA